AUGGUUCGCCAAGCAAAGAAUGCAUACGAGACCGGGAUGCGGAUGAACCAGGACACGGUGCUCUUCUCACUGUUGUCGUCUGAUUUGCCAGCAGAAGAGAAAAUAGAAGAGCGGCUGUCUGGCGAGGCGAACGUGUUUCUUGCCGCUGAAACGGAAACAACGGCGACCGUGCUCAGUCUUUGCACGUACCAUCUCCUGAAGAACCCGGACAUCGUGGCAAAGAUGAAAGCCGAGCUGUGGGCGGUGGUGAAGGACCCGAAACCGCUGCCUAGAUGUUUCGUUCUCGAACGGCUACGUUACGCCAUGCGCAUGUCGGCCUACCUGGUCCACACGCAUAAACGUCUGUAUCCGGACCCAACAAAGUUCACUCCUGAAAGAUGGCUUCUCAGAGACGGAAGGAAAGGAAGGCAUCUUGAGCGGUAUCUCCUCACUUUUUCGAGGGGCAGCGGACAGUGUCUCGGCAUGCAGUAUGUUCUUGCCGUCUCGUCUUUGAUUACCCUGUUCGGACACCCAGCUGACCACACAGCCUCCGACCGGCUAGCGUACUGCGAGCUGUAUCUUGCUAUCGCGGCGUUGACUCUGAGAGUCGUGGAGAUCAUGAAAUUGUACAGCACAACAGACACGGAUGUUGUAUAA